AUGAGAGGCUUCCUGGGUGCGACUGAGACAGAAGCUUCAUUUCGAACUUCCCGGAGAACUUUGACAGGCAAUUGCUUGUCUGUGUCAAAGUCUGUCGAACAAGCGAAGAGUUCUGAACUGACAGGUGCCUUGUUUGGAGCCAUGUCGCUUGCUGGUGCCACUCUCGAUCCUGACCCUGCAGCAGCUCGAUUCAAAAUCGUGGGACUUCCGUGCGAGUGCUGCGAACGGGACUGGUGUGCCACCAGCUGCAUUGACCUGAAGCGAGGCGAGACGACAAAGUGCAACUGCCACGAGUUUCUGAGCGAUCUCCAAUCCUCAGAGCAGAACGUAGUGAUUGGUGGCCUCUACAAGCUACCGGCAGAUGCUGCCAGAGCCCGGCUGGAUAGCAUCGAAGCCGGGCAGGGCGAGGAGGGCUGGGCAGAUCAUCUUUCCUGGAAAAGCGCCAACCUGCUGAAGUGGAAUGUGGAGGAUGGGAAGAACUUGAAAAUUAAGCCUUCAACCCUGGGCGAUGCUGGUGAUGGCUUGUUUGCCACAGCUGCACUGCCCAAAUUCAGCGUGCUUCCUCCUUAUCAGGGCAAGCCCUUGAGCCUUGGUGAGUUCAGAAAGAUGAGAGCUUCAAAAAGCGAGAUGGAUUACGUCUAUUGCCCGCUCCGUGAAGAGGCGCUCUUCAACUUCACGGAUGAGCAGCUUCAGACGGCCGAGGAGGCCGGCGCUGCCACAACUUUCUGUGUGGACGGCCGCGAGAAAGCCGAGAAAAAUCCCGUUCGAUUCAUCAAUGCCGCAAGGACGCCUGAGCAAUGCAAGAAGGUCAACGUGCAGAUUUGUGAGUUUGGCGAUGUGGCGUACUUCAGGACGACCAAAGACGUCAAAAAGGGUACGGAGCUGAUCACGGACUACGGGGGUGCCUACUGGGAGGAUUUCGAAGGGUGUUGA